AUGAGCUGCUCUAUCAUAUCAGCAACGAUAUGGCUUCUCUUUUAUUUUCAAGCUGUAUCUGGCACCUUCUUGUCCCAGAUCCAGCCAUGCCCUGACUAUUGCGGAGAUAAAGAACCGAAAGAUUGGACUGUCUACUCGUCAUUGACGCCUCUGAGCCAGUGUAGCCAGCCAAUGCUUUUUGACUUUAACAUUCACAGUCCUGUUGACAUAGACACCGUCUUUAAGCUGCGUGCUUGCAAUGCUGGCCAUGCCAUGCCUUCAUCUGUGGCUCACGUUGGCGAGGGCCACACCAACAAGGCCGCCCGCUCCGUUGCAGCUCAUGUAGCACGCGGGAAUGCAUCCGACGGCAGCUCUGGAACGGCUAUCGAGGUUUCGUUUCAAUUGCUGGCUGGAGGGCCUCCAGCAUCCACAGUUACUGAUGAUUACAAAACCAUCCUCUCCGCUGCGCAAAAGCGUCUCCAGAGCCAGGCAAAGAACCAGACUGAUGCAACUAUUCUCUUUGGCUAUUCCAACGGGGUUGCUGUUGGCAUGUUUGUCGGGGCUGGCAUAGAUCCUGCCGCAACUCCUCAAGUUUUUAAAUAUUUACUUGAUCAGCAACCGGGAAGCGAAAUGGUGGUCCAGCUUUGUGAUGACAACCGCACAGGGAACUACGUCUAUGGCCUGUCUGUCAACACGGAUGGCAACAUUAGUUCGAUUCAAAACAAUGUCCUCACCUGGUGGAAUGCCAAGUGUGUGGAGAGGAGCUCUUCUGAUAUCACCAGUCAAUCCUUCAAAGUCAACAUGGUAGACCGGAACUCAGGCGAGAUGACUUCUUCAUCUGUCAAGACUCGCAGAGACGGAACUUGUCGAACUGUCACUGUGGUCAGUCUCGAUUCUUGCGGAAGCCUGGCCUCAGAGUGCGGCAUAUCCGCCAAUGAUUUCGCAACAUACAAUUCGCAGCACACAAAUCUCUGUUCGACCCUCGCCGUCGGAGAAAAGGUAUGCUGCACACCAGGCGGGCUACCCAACUGGCAGCCCUCAGCCAAUUCGGAUGGAACAUGUGUGGUGUACAACGUUCAGCCCGGCGACAACUGUGAUGCCAUUAAGGCCAACUAUGGAUGGCAAACUACCGACCUCAACUCUUUUAAUAACGGGACUACCUGGGGAUGGACAGGCUGUGACCCACUCCAGGCGGGACUCGCCAUGUGCGUUAGCAAGGGAACUCCCCCUUUACCUGCGAGUGUCAGCAAUGCCAUCUGCGGCCCCAUCGUGCCGGGGACAACACAACCUGAUAACGGUACAGCCAUUGCUGAUCUGAACCCGUGUCCACUCAACUCUUGCUGCGACAUUUGGGGUCAGUGCGGCAUCACAGAGGCCUACUGUAACCCUAACAAGGGCCCUACCGGGAACCCGGGAACGGCUCCUCCAGGAGGAUAUGGUUGUGUAUCAAACUGCGGUACAAAUGUAACCAACAAUGGAUCACCGCCGUCCAACUUCAUCUCGGUUGGAUACUAUGAGGAAUUCAACUGGGGCCGCGAAUGUCUAAACAUGCGAGUCUCGGAUCUGCAAGGCAGUUCCUACACUCACAUUCACUGGGCGUUUGCUGGGCUGAACGGUGACUUUUCCGUCAACAUUACUGACGACGGUAACCAGUUUCCAGUAUUUCUUAACCUUACGGGGGUUAAACGCAUCGUUUCCAUUGGAGGCUGGGGAUACUCGACUGAUCCGUCGACUUAUGCCGUGCUCCGCAGUGCCAUGACGGAUGCAAACCGGGAUACGUCUGUGAACAAUAUUAAAAACUUUGUGACUCAAAAUAAACUUGAUGGCAUUGACAUUGACUGGGAGUACCCUGGUGAGCCGGAUAUUCCAGGUAUCCCCCCAGGUCAAUCAUCCGAUGGGCCAAACUACCUCAAGUUCCUGCGAGCAUUAAAGAUUGCGCUCGGUGAGACAACCUCAGUCUCAAUUGCUGCACCAGCUUCCUACUGGUAUCUGAAGGAGUUCCCUAUCCGGCAGAUGAGUGGAGUGGUUGACUAUAUUGUUUAUAUGACGUACGAUCUUCACGGACAGUGGGACUACGGCAACAAAUUUGCACAGGAAGGUUGUCCCGAUGGUAACUGUCUCCGAAGUCACAUCAACCUCACCGAAACAGAGUAUACCCUUGCCAUGAUUACCAAGGCGGGAGUCAACGCCAACAAGGUCGUUAUCGGUAUCUCUGCGUAUGGCCGUUCCUUCGGAAUGACGGACCCGAGCUGCACUAGUCCUGAUUGCACUUUUCAAGGUGAUGUCGAAGGUGGCACGGGGAGCGGGUCAACGGCAGAUUUUGGACGUUGCACUGCUACUCGUGGCUAUAUCUCGAAUGCUGAGAUCUUCGAGCUGAUUGAAAAUGGUGUCGCUAAGGGAUGGUAUGACGACGGUUCCAACUCGGAUAUGGCCGUUUGGGAUUCGACCUGGGUUGCGUAUGAGAGCCUUGCCACCCGCAGCUCCCGGACCAGCUUUUACAAGGGUCUCAACUUUAGGGGCACCAUUGACUGGGCUGUUGACCUGCUCGCCUUUACCGGUGACGAUGGAGACGAAACAGACCCCAACAGCAGUGACGGUGGCGGUACUGGCGGACCCCCCUUGCCGGAUCUUUCUUGCCCUGGCAACUAUACGACACUCGACGAUAUUGAAGCUGCAGCUGACUCGAUGCCAUCACUGUGUGCUGCCAUAUACAUGGUUCAGGCUCUGCAAACUAUUUACAACAAUGCCAUGAUUCAGUACAAUUCCAUGAUGACGAACGGGUACGACUCAAAGUUCCAAAUCUAUGCAGGCGUUGUUGUCGAUCACGCCGGAGACUCUAUGACGCAAAUGAUCUACCAGAACGGAACCAAUUACUUUGCUUGCAUCGUGGCAGAGAUGAACUUUUGUUGUUCUGUCUGCAAUUCUGCAAAUCGCGGUUGUGACUAUUGUCGUAAUGACACCACGGGCUGUACAAAAGUUUGCAACCCCCGUUUCGGUUGUUCUGAAGAACCCGGGCUCGGCGAAGCAGGCUUGUUCGUCCGUGAAGUUGAACCCAUACCUGGAUUCUCCCAGGAACCCGAGCCGUGCCCGCCUGACUAUUCAAAGCACGGCUAUGGUGAAACUGACAUAAGCGGGACCCCUUCCACCUCUAUCUGGUGGAGUUUCCAAAACGACAACACCACGGCUCAGUUUUAUGCCGACCUUUACUCCCAGACGGCUAUUCCAAAGAACAAGACGUCAAUCCAGACCCACGUUCGCACUACCAAUGAUUGUCCGCCAUCGGCGUCUCAAGGUGACGGUAAUGACUGCUGGAACCUUGGUGUAGAUUAUACCAUGCCAUACAUCAACAACUAUACAGAGGCCGAUGUUAUCAACCCUAAGGACGUUGUCACGAAGGCUACAUCCAGCGCAACCAACCUAGAAGGUCAGAUUAGCGAUGUCCUCGAGUGGAUGCAGGGUAUACUAUAUGAUGGUGAAUUCAUGGACGUUGUCGAUACCAUCUCUAUCCCCAUCAUGAUGAUCAACUCAUCCAUUACAGAAAUGGCAACCAUUGAAAGCGUCGCAGAUGAGAUUACCAGAGAAAAGCGUAUGGAAAUAAUCUUGGCCUUCUUUGGUGCUAUCCUGUUCCUGGUCCCUAUUGCCGGGGAGCUCCUUGGCUCUGUUGCAGAACUUGCAGAGAUUGGAGCCAUCGUCACUGCUGCUGGAGAUGUUGGCAAUGUCGCCUUUGACAUUUAUUCCGUCGCCAGCGAUCCUAAAAACGCGCCUCUCGCCAUCAUGUCGGCCAUUUUUGACCCGUUGGCUUUGCUGGAUGCUGCUAAGGUGGCUAAGGCGGCUAACAUCAGGAGAGGCAUGUCUGCUGGGGAUAUUUUGAAGCUGGGUGACCAGGUUAAACCUGUAUUAGACAAGAUUGGCUCCAUUAAGUCAAAGUCUAGCUGCAGUUUCAAAAGGUAA